AUGGAAACAGCACAUGAUAUAUCGAGAAUAACCCAAAUAUUGCAAAUUUCUCCGAAGCUUCGUAGUGAAGAGGAUAUUGCAUAUCUUAUGGCUCUUACGUCGAAAAUAGACUUUUUUAGGAAAAUAACUGAAGAACAAAAAUCAUCAGAAAUCCAUAAAGCUUGCUGCCAAGUAAUGACAUUUGAGAAGCAUAACCCUGGACAUUUAAUUGUAAAUUUUGGUGAAAAAGGCUCAAAUUUUUAUAUUGUUCUUACUCCCCCCCCCCCUCCGUGAGCGAACAAAACCAUUAGAAAAAUCGCCAUUUUUUGACCAAAAACCCACCCUCCGUGAGUGAACAAAAAUUUUUUUAAUAGAAAAAAUUUUUAAUGGAAAAAAAUUUUGAUAUAUAAGUGAUAAUUAGUAUAAUGAAAUCUAGAGCUAAUUCUGUUUAAUUUUAAACAAAUUGCGUUUUAAAACAUAAAUUUUGCAAAUUAAAUUAAUAUUUGCUUCCCCAAUUUUUGCAAAUUAGGAUUUUUUUAAAUUUCGAAAAAAAUAUUUUUUAUAAAAUUUAUAUAUAAAUUUUUUUUUAAAAAAAAAAAUUAACCCCCCUCCGUGAGCGAACAAAAUUUUUUUUGUUCGCUCACGGAGGGGGGGGGGAGUUAAAGGAUCGGCAUCAGUAAACAUUCCUAGAAAGAAAAAGGUUACAAUAAGUCUUACUCCCCCACUUUAAAUUGGAACAAAAAAUGUUUUGUUCCAAUUUAAAGGGGGGUUAAGAAAAAUUUUUUUAUAAAAAAAAAUUUCAAAAAGAAACAUUUAACUUAUAUCUAAACUUUUUACAUAAAAAAUUAUGAUUUUUAUCUAUAAAAUUUUUUAUUAUAAAAUUUUUUAUUAUAAAAUUAAAUUUUGUUCCAAUUUAAAGGGGGUUAUUUACCAAAAAAAUGGAAAUUUUACAUAUAUUUGUUCCAAUUGAAAGGGGGGGUUAGAGAUCUAGAGACAGAUAAACUCAAAAAAAUUAUUUCGAUGCUUCAUAAAGAGGAAGACGAUAUAUCUGAAAUAAAGUUCGACCCACAAAAAAGAAGACGAAGGGGUGGAAGAAUUUACAAUGCGGUUGAUCUUAUUUCACUUAAUAGUGCCAUGCAAGAAAAGGAAAAUGAAGAAAGUGAUAAUCAGCAGUUAAAUGAACUUUACAAAAUAAAUGAUCUAUUUCAAGACAAACUUGAUGAAGAGAAAGCAAUAAUUCUGGAUUUUUUGUCUAAACAAAAUCCAGAAGCAAGAGUUGUAGAAAUAGAAACUGAGGAUUUAACCAAAGCUUCUAUCAUUAAUGAAGGGGGUUCAUUUGGAGAAUCUGCUUUAAUAAGUAAUAAGCCUAGAGCUGCAACACUUAUAGCAGAAGAAAAAAUUAUUUUGGGAGUUAUAUCAAAGCCAAGUUUUAAAAAAAUUGUUGAAAACCUUGCAGAAAAAAAGCUCAAUGAGGUACUUGAAUUUCUUCAGGCCUCAGGAAUGUUUUCUAAUUGAAGCAAAAUUGCUUUAUAUAAAUUAGGACCUUAUUUUUCAAGAAUUUUAUAUAAGAAAAAUCAGUUUGUAUACAAAGAAGGUGAGCCAGCCAACACUGUAUAUUUUGUAAAAUCUGGAGAAUUUAAGGUAAAAAUAAUUUAGAUUACAAAAAUCCAUAGUGAGCUGAAAGGAGUUGUUGACACCUCAUCGCUUGAGACUAAAAAUAAUCGAAUAAGCAGCUCUGUUCUUAGACUAGGACAAAUGAGAAAAAUUGGUAUCUUAAAACAAUUGCAAUUAGUAAUUAAAGGAAAAAAUGAAAUAAUAGGAAUGGAAGAAGUGAUGGAAAAUUCUGACAAAAGAAUCCAUUCUUGUCAAUGCUGAUCUGAUGAAGGUGAAUUACUAUGCAUAAGCAGAGAUGUAAUUAACAUUUAGAAAUUGUCUAAUGGAAUAACCUCUCCUGAUACAUGAGCCCAAUUAAGAGAUAAGCACAGUGCAAAUAAUGCAUUUUUCAAAGAAAGAGUUAUCCAAUUGAUAAAAAUUGAAGAGGCAAAAAAGUCACUAGAUUUAACAUCGUUUAGUAAAUUGCCUAUCAAGUGUAUAGAAAAAGAGAAAGAGGAAAUUGAAAAAUUAAAAGAAUCUCCAAAUAUAAUGGACAAGACUAUGAAGGAAACUAAAUCUAGCUCUCCUGAUAAAGAAGUUAAAUGCUCCUCGUGGUUUAUAUCCCCAAAGCAUAGAAAAUUAAGAUCUUUGCCAAGCCCAAGCCCGAGCCCAUAUCCAAGCCUAGAUAAAGUAAAAAUUAGAGAUUCACCUGUCUUCAAAGAAGACAGAUCAAUUUUGUUCUAUAAUAGAAUAAUUGGCACUGGGAUAUCAAAUUUUGAUAGUCCUAAAGCCCCUAAGGGUUUUACUAUUGGCUUUAAAGAAAGAAUUAAGAAAAAAAAACAAAUUGUUCAUAGGAGAGUGGCUCCUCCUAAUUUCUUGAGAAAUUAUAAACAGAGGGCUUCUAGUUGGAAAGCUGAUAAUAUAACUGAAGAGCUUGCUGCAAAAUUUAAAGAUUAUGUGAAUCGAAGCUUAAGGAAAUAUUCAGAAUAA